AUGGAUGAUGAUGGUGAUGAAGAUGCUCUUCCACCUUCUGGCUCACAUCAGCGCCGCUACACGCCACCGCGCGACGGCAUCGCAGCAGACGCCGCGGGGUUGUGUCUCAAUACCCAUGCUGACCCCUUGGAGCCUCCGACGUCGAAACGCUCGACGACAGGGGAGGACCUCGGCUCGUCGUACAGACUGAAAGUUUGCCUUUCCACGAGCUUUAAAGCGCCCUCGUCGGCCUCUCAGGUGCUCGCAACUCCAAUCAAAGUUGAGAGAUUCGACUCAAGUCAUUGUUCGGAACCCAUUUCUGUGCUCUGGACACGCACGAUUCGGAAUCGAGCAGCAGCCGCAACCGCAACCGCAACCGCAUCCGCAACCGCAACCGCAACCGAAAUCGCCACCGAAAUCGCUAGAGAUGCGCUUCCUCUCCGCCACCGUCACCGCUGCCCUCACCGCCCUUGCCGGCAUGGCCGCCUUGGCCGAGGGAGCACCGGGCGAAGUGAAGCCGUGCCCGACAGUGACGUCGACGUCGGCGUGCUCGACCUGCGUUCGUCCGUUCUGCGUGACGGAAUCGACCCUUACCUGUCGCUACGGGUGCCCGACACCCGUGCCGACCGUCGUCAACAAAUUUCCUUGCGGUGGACAUUGUCCGGGGGGCUGCAACACCUUUUACGUGCUGACCAACUGCGGAAAGCCGGGCCCGACGCCGACGGCAGCCUGAACCUGGCGGGGCCGUCUAUUCCACCCAAGGCCACCGACCAACUGAUGUGGGUGUAUCCAUGA